CAUAUGUUUCGGGGUGGGGUGAUGUUUGUCAUCUAAAGGCUCUAAAAUCUUGAGCCCACCUUGGUUCCAAAUACAUCAACACCAAAAAUCACUCAUCAUCUCCUCCUCCUCCUCUCUCUCACAUCUGGGCUAGCUCAACUCCAUUGUCAAAUACUACUAUUCUGUUAAGUUUUCAGGAGAGAGAAAAUGCAGUUUUUUGGAACAACAGAGAUAAACCCAUCACCACCGGCGGUAACAGCGUCAGGAAACAAUGCACACAUGAUGUACAUUUUCAAUAGAAAUGGGGUUUGUUUGCUUUACAGAGAAUGGAAUCGUUCACUUCAUACUUUGGAUGCUCAGCAAGAUCAGAAGCUCAUGUUUGGUCUCCUUUUUUCCCUCAAAUCUCUCACUGCUAAAAUGGAUCCUGUUAGUGCCGAUAAGGUUAACCUUGGGGUGCCUCAAUUGCCUGGCCAGGGGUGUUCUUUUCACAGCUUCCGCACCAAUACAUACAAACUUAGUUUCAUGGAAACUCCAUCAGGAAUAAAGCUUAUCUUGGUCACUCACCCUAGGACUGGUGAUCUACGAGAAUCAUUGAAGUAUAUUUACAACUUGUAUGUUGAAUAUGUUGUCAAGAAUCCACUUUAUACUCCUGGAACUCCAAUCAAGUACGAGCUGUUCAACUCUACUCUAGACCAAUAUGUUCGAGGCCUGGGUUGAUGUCCAGAAGUCAGCUGAAUCAGAAUUCACAUCUAAUGCACCAUCUGAAUAUGUACUUGCUUCUUUUACGACAUGAAGUGACCUGGCAAACAAUUUCCAAGUGUGAAUUCGUUAUCUUUGUGUUCUGCAAAAUAUUAAUGUGAAAGUGAGCAAGAAAAUUUAUGGUGGAACAAGUAGAGUCGCUCUUUGUGCUUGUAUAUUGUCAGAUUCUCAUAUAUGUUGGGCUUCCAACAGAAAUUUGUAAUGCUGUUUGGUUAAAUUUGCAAUAGUGUCUGUUCAGAUAUUGCUGAUAUAAUAGAUGUGUUUUGGUUACUGGUAAAUGGUAACUGAUAAGCACAUCGUGAUGCAGAUAGCAGAGUCUUUAUUUACAAGAAUUUGAUAGAUAUUAUUCAAAGAUGCAAAUGACAUUUAUGUAAUAUACAUGCACGAUGAAUGUACGGAAUAUUACACUAUGAAUAUGAGAAACACAUCUUACAUAAA